CUUACACAUUUACUAAAUGUAGUUAUACAUCUAUGUAUUGGUUAGUAGGUGGCUCGCGUAACAUUAAAUAAUUAAACUUCCUGUUGAACUGGAUUCUAAAAAUUCAGAUAGUAGUAGCCGCGGUCGCCUUCCUUUCAGGAGGCACCAAGUAGCUACUCUGUUUCGCUUAUAUUUUUUCACGCUGAUUUUAUUUCAAAAUGUAGCAUCUAUAUCAAAUCGGCCUUGUCUUUUAUCUGGAAGAGCGCCAACUUGCGCAUUUGUGCUUGUAGCAACUCAGCGUAACCAUGGCUCUUUUACUUUGCACAAGGUACCUUUCCUGGAUAGGUACCCAUGCAGUAAAGGCAAUGCUAAUACGGGUUAUUCAAUGUCUAGUAGGAUGAUAAAGCCCAUAUACCCACAAACUAGGCCUAUGCUGUUGUAUGAAAGCACUAAUGACUACAAUGUUGGAACUCUGGCAGAUGCAUUUACAAGUCUAGCUAACGACGCCGUCAAGGAGCAAAUGUCAAUUCGCCUGGCAAAAUUGAAACAUCUGGAAUCUGAACUUGGAUCUUCUGGUUAUCCAGAAAUAGACAGCAAAGAAACAGAAUCCAUGACCACUGUGGAACAAAUAAAUAAAAACCAUAGAACGCUAAAUAAUGAUGAAGAAAAUGAAGGUGUUAACUAUUGCAUUUACGGAAGGAUUAAAGCUAUACGCUUCGGCGGUUUGUUUGUGGUAAUUGAAGAUAAACAGGGUGAUGAACUACAGGUUCUAUUCCGGAGGAAGAUGACUAUACACAUUGGAGAUAAACCCUUUAAUGCAGAAAAUAUAGACCAACUUAUUGAUAUCGGUGAUGUAAUCCAAGUAGGGGGGCAUGUGAAGAAAACGGGUACUGGGGAGUUAACCUUGAUACCUCACCAUAUGUCAAUCCUAGCAAAAUGUCUGCUGCCUAUGCCUGAUGGAUUCCACGGUCUCAAAGACGUCGCCACUAGACACAAGUUGCGUCAUUUAGAUAUUAUGGUAAAUGAAGAUACUCGGGGAAUAUUAUUGCAACGUUCACAUAUCAUCUGGGAAUUACGCAAACUGUUACAUAGUAAGGGGUUUGUUGAGGUUGAGACCCCAAUCCUGCAGCAUAUAUACAGCGGUGCGAAUGCACAGCCGUUUAAAACACGCUCGGAGGCAUUGGAUGAAAACCUCUAUCUACGAAUUGCACCAGAAUUUUUCCUCAAACGUCUUAUCGUGGGCGGACUGGGUGACAAGAUAUUUGAAAUCGGUAAAUGCUUCCGUAAUGAGGGAACCAGCGCUAGGCACUCUCCAGAAUUUACAAUGAUAGAAAUAUACCAGCAAAUGGCCAACGCGGGAGAUAUGAUAAACCUUCUAGAAGAAAUAAUAGAAACCCUUGCUAAGAAAAUAGGAGUGGAAUUCCCUAAAUUCACUAGGAAAACAAUGGUUGGUCUCAUAGAAGAACAUAUAGGCAUAAAUGUCGACUUGUGCAGUAGUGAGCAGCUAUUGUCAAUAUUGAGAGAACGUGGCCUAGACACUAACACUUUAGAAAGUAAUAGCUGGGGAAGCUUAGUUGCAACCCUCUUCAAGUGCGCCGUAGAAGAUAAUAUCACGGAGCCUACGCAUGUCACUGAACUGCCUAGUGAUAUAUCACCCUUGGCAGCAAGCGAAGGUUCAAAGGGCAAAGUGUUCGAAUCAUAUCUACAAGGUUUGGAAAUAGCCCAUGGGUGUACGGAAGAGUGUAACCCCGUCCAAUUGUUGCAUAAACUAGAUAUGUGUGGCCUACAGGGGUUGGGACAUACACGAGAUACCGAGUUACUAAACGCUGUUGCUCAUGGUAUGCCGCCAACAGCUGGAAUUGGAAUAGGCAUAGACCGAUUGGUUAUGGCACUGUCCAAGACCACCAGCAUUAAGAAUAUACAAACAUUCCCACUUUUGAAAAGCGAAGCAUGAGUAAUAUAUAUAGCGAUAU